CGCGGCCGCGACGGGGCGGGACGAGGCGGCCCCACCCCGGCGAGGGCGGGAGCGAGGGAGGCGGCUCGGGCUGGGCUGCGGCUGCGGGGCCGAGGCUGGAGCGCGCGGGGAGGGGCGCGGGCGCGGGCGCGGGCGGGGGCGCGGGCGCGGGGGCGGCGGUGGCGGCGGGCAGGCGGCUGCGGGCGCGGAGAUCUCCUGCGAUGCUGCUGUCUCGGGCUCCCGGGCCUGGGUGCCGCCGCCCCGGGGCGCUGCUGCCCGCCUCCCGCCGCCCCCGCGCCUGACGCGCGCCCGCACCCCGCACCCCGCACCCACCCGCGCCCCUCGGGGUCCCGCGCGGGAUGUGACCCGGCUCUGCCCCGCCUGGCCUCCGCUGCCCCCCGGGGGCCUCCUUUGCCUGCUUGGGGGUGGGCCGGGGAGGGGCGUGCGGAUCAUGGCAUUGGAGCUCCGGGGCUUGCAGCCGCCGCCGCCGCCUGGUCCGCGCACCCCGAGCGCCCCUUCCUCCCGGAGCUGCGGCGGCCCAGGCGACACCGCCGGCGGGGGCGGGGGCGCGGCCCAUGGGGCUCAAGGCGCGCAGGACGGCGGGGGCGGCCGGCGGCGGAGGCCCCGGGGGCGGCGGAGGCGGCGGGGCCGCUAACCCCGCCGGAGGGGACGCGGCGGCCGCGGGAGACGAGGAGCGGAAAGCCGGGCUGGCGCCGGGCGACGCGGAGCAAGUCACCUUGGCGCUGGGGGCUGGGGCUGACAAAGACGGGACCCUUCUGCUGGAGGGGGGCGGCCGCGACGAGGGGCUGCGGAGGACCCCGCAGGGCAUCGGCCUGCUGGCCAAGACCCCCCUGAGCCGCCCGGUCAAGAGGAACAACGCCAAGUACCGGCGCAUCCAAACUUUGAUCUACGACGCCCUGGAGAGACCGCGGGGCUGGGCGCUGCUGUACCACGCGCUGGUGUUCCUGAUUGUUCUGGGCUGUUUGAUUCUUGCAGUUUUGACCACGUUCAAGGAGUACGAGACUGUCUCUGGAGACUGGCUUCUCUUACUGGAGACAUUUGCUAUUUUCAUCUUUGGAGCCGAGUUUGCACUGAGGAUCUGGGCCGCUGGAUGUUGUUGCCGCUACAAAGGCUGGCGGGGAAGGCUGAGGUUUGCCAGGAAGCCUCUCUGCAUGCUGGAUAUCUUUGUGCUGAUCGCCUCUGUGCCUGUGGUCGCUGUGGGAAACCAGGGCAAUGUCCUGGCCACCUCCCUCAGGAGCCUGCGCUUUCUGCAGAUCCUGCGGAUGCUGCGUGUGGACCGGAGGGGCGGCACCUGGAAGCUCCUGGGUUCGGCCAUCUGUGCUCACAGCAAAGAACUCAUUACUGCCUGGUACAUCGGGUUCCUGACACUCAUCCUCUCCUCAUUUCUCGUCUACCUGGUUGAGAAGGAUGUCCCGGAGGUGGGUGCACAGGGAGAAGAGAUGAAAGAAGAGUUUGAGACCUAUGCGGAUGCCCUCUGGUGGGGCCUGAUCACACUGGCCACCAUUGGCUAUGGAGACAAGACACCCAAAACGUGGGAAGGCCGUCUGAUUGCAGCCACCUUUUCCUUAAUUGGUGUCUCCUUUUUUGCCCUUCCAGCAGGCAUCCUGGGGUCAGGACUGGCACUUAAGGUGCAAGAACAACAUCGUCAAAAACACUUUGAGAAAAGAAGGAAGCCGGCUGCUGAGCUCAUUCAGGCUGCCUGGAGGUAUUAUGCAACCAAUCCCAACAGGAUUGAUCUUGUGGCAACGUGGAGGUUCUAUGAAUCAAUUGUCUCUUUCCCAUUCUUCAGGCAAGUGCAGUUGGAGGCUGCUGCCAGCCAAAAGCUGGGUCUCUUGGAUCGGGUUCGCCUUUCUAAUCCUCGUGGUAGCAAUACUAAAGGAAGGCUAUUUACCCCUCUGAAUGUAGAUGCCAUAGAAGAAAGUCCUUCUAAAGAACCCAAGCCCGUUGGCUUAAACAAUAAAGAACGCUUCCGCACUGCCUUCCGCAUGAAAGCCUAUGCUUUCUGGCAGAGUUCUGAAGAUGCUGGGACGGGUGAGCCCAUGGCAGAAGACAGGGGCUACGGGAAUGAUUUCCUCAUUGAAGAAAUGAUCCCUACCUUGAAGGCUGCCAUUCGAGCCGUCAGAAUUCUACAGUUCCGUCUCUACAAAAAGAAAUUCAAGGAGACUUUAAGGCCUUAUGACGUGAAGGAUGUGAUUGAGCAGUACUCUGCGGGCCACCUUGACAUGCUUUCCAGGAUCAAGUACCUUCAGACAAGAAUAGACAUGAUUUUCACCCCUGGACCUCCAUCAACUCCAAAGCAUAAGAAGUCUCAGAAAGGGACAGCAUUCUCCUACCCAUCCCAGCAAUCUCCCAGGCACGAGCCGUAUGCAGCCAGAGCAUCCACAUCAGAAAUCGAAGACCAAAGCAUGAUGGGGAAGUUUGUGAAAGUUGAAAGACAGGUUCAUGACAUGGGGAAGAAACUGGACUUCCUUGUAGACAUGCACAUGCAGCACAUGGAACAGCUUCAGGUGCGCGUUGAAGACGACUACCCCACCAAGGACGCCCCCUCACCAGCAGAGGUGCAGAAAGAUGAUGACAGGGCUUCGGAUUUGAGAAACAUCUUCUGCAGUUAUUCUGAGACAGGCCCGCCUGACACUCCCUACAGUUUCCACCAGGUGUCCAUCGACAAGGUUGGCCCCUACGGGUUUUUCGCCCAUGACCCGGUGAACCUGCCCCGCCGGGGACCCUCUUCCUCCUGUGAGAACACCUACUUAGAGAGGCCCACUGUCCUGCCUAUCUUGACUCUUCUGGACUCCCGAGUGAGCUACCAGUCUCAGGUCGAACUGCACGGCCCCUUCCCAGACCGGGUCUCCCCCCGGCAGAGACGCAGCAUCACACGGGACAGCGACACACCCCUGUCCCUGAUGUCAGUCAACCACGAGGAGCUGGAACAGUCGCCCAGUGGCUUCAGCAUCUCUCAGGACAGAGACGAUUACAUGUUUGGUCCGAGCGGUGGGUCAAGCUGGAUGAGGGAGAAGAGGUACCUCGCUGAAGGUGAAACCGAUACAGACACAGACCCCUUCACGCCCAGUGGCUCCAUGCCUCUGUCAUCCACAGGGGAUGGGAUUUCUGAUUCCAUAUGGACCCCCUCCAGCAAGCCCAUUUAAAAGUGGUCAUGGGCGGGCUGACUCCUUGUAAUGUAUACAGACUUGGUCUCACUCAAGGCUGUCACGUGACACUUCGCAGUGAUCACAGACGGCGGCACCAGAUGUAUGCAUGUGCCCGGUGGCCUUCCACCGGGCAGGGGCCUGUCAUGGCCUCUCUCCUCCCCAUGUCACCACGAUGACACCGCUUCCUUUUAAGCAUGGUUUGCAUGACGUUCCACUAUAUAAAUGGUACCACUAACCUCUUCUAGGAUAUGCAUUUAUUUGCUGUUCUUAUUUUGGACCACGAUGGGACCAGUACUGGGAGAAAUUAUUUCUGAGCCGUGCUAUUUAUCUGUUCGGUUGACUGGGGUUUGGGUAUCAGUUUGGUAAGGAAGGAAAAUUGUUUUAGAAAUAUCUCAAACCACUGCCCUUUUGUGUAAAACAGUCCAGAAAUUAGCUGUUUUAUAGAGCAAAUGAAUCAUGAUCUCAACCUAAAUGUGUUGCCUCUCACAGAAGCUGCCUACAGAGAUGUAACAUCAGGAAAGAAAUGAAAUGCCUCUCCCAUUUCCAAAACCAAGGAAUUGGGAAAAAAAAAUUAAGGAAAAACUGACAGAAAUAUCUAAAAGCUCUCAAAAGGCCCUGAUCUGGUCUGUCAUUUCAAGCCACAGGCCUCACAGUUUCCUCAUCUGUAGAAUAUAGUGGGAAUUUCAGAUGUAGUAUUCUGGAUGAGAUAUAAAUUGGGGGGGGGGGGGAGAAGGCACAUAUGGUAAAAAAAAAAAAGUUUCCAGUUUAUGUAGCCAAAGAUAAUGAAAUUCAUUAGAGGUGGGUGCCCUUCUCGGGGGCAGGAACUAAAUUCAAUGCCUCCAAAGCGGAGUUCCAACUCACAUUUCUCCCAUGAUACUUGUACAAAAUAUCCAUUGCAAGGAAGAUAGAGCCAGGUGGGCACACACAGAUGUUUUGGUUCCUGACCUGUAAACAUGAGAAACCUUAAAUUAAACCUUAAUUUCAGGCCAAGAGAUAAGCUCAGGUCACUCGUUCGUCCCUUUCAGAGCCUGACCUGAAGCCCAGUCAGCAGCCUUGCUCCUUUGGCUGGCCUCCCCCCACACCAUCCACUGCUCCACAGCACAGGACCCCAGGAUCAUACCGGGGGCCCCACACGCUGUGUCCUGUGGAUAGUGCUUGUGGGUGCAGUUGAGCCAGCUGAAGGUAGCUAGCUAGCUGCUUUGAGUGCAUUCCGUUUUGGAUUCAGGAAAAAAAAAAAGUUAAAAAGUAAGCUAGCUACACUACCUGCGAAUAUGCCAGUUAGUAAAACUUCAAGAACUAUACAAUUUUACAGCUUCAAAAUUUUAAAACCACACAUAGCCGUCAGAACAGUUGACACGUGAAUGGAGAGCAGUACCCCUACUGAUUCCAUGGCAACACUGAGCACAAGCCAGACAGUGGCCCCUGAGGAGGCUUCCCUCACUGCUCCCUGACCUGCUGUCCUAGGAUGGGUUCCGGCUUGAGCUGCAUCAUCAUUCAGCCUGCGGUAGCAUCACUGUCUCAUUCUUCUCACACAGAAGCAGUGGCCAUGGAGGGUUGCCGUGGUGACCACCAGGACAGUCAGUAUGGUCCAAACUAAUAGCUCUAAGGAGAAGCUACUGCUGUUCCCCUUUGCAGUUCUGUCAAGAGCCAUGCAGUUGGGGCUGAUGGCUUCACUGUUCGCUAAUGCAGAGGUCUUUGCGUUCUGUUGGAGAAAGGAACCAUGUUCAAAAAAUAAAAGACCAGUUCCCUUUAACUCCCAUGUUAAUAGGUACUGUGCAAACGACUCAGUAAGGACUGAAGUUUGAUUCCUGGAAUUUUAGGAACCUAUAGCCAAAGCCCGAAGUUCCUGGCAGAGAGCAGCCUUGGGAAAAGUAGAACGGGGAUUGUAUAGGAAAGUCUUACAAAACAAUGACUGUUGAACUUGGAAUCCUGGAUGGAAAGUACACGAGAACGGGCACACACACUGGACGGGGAAUCCCUUCCCCUAGAAUUUUCCAUUUGCCUUUUCAGUAAUCUAAUGGGAUUAUUUCCCCACCUGCCUGAUUCCUUUCAAGAUUACUGAAAGUACCACUGAGGUUGAUACCCUGUCCUGAGGGUUUGGUUCUUUAUCCUGCCCUUCCUGGAAUGUUUUACCAGAAAUUAAUGAGCUUCCUACCACCUACCAUGUUACUGUGUUCUUCCUUGUACAUAUGCGUUAUCUGAAACAAAAGCAAAGCAAACAAAAAGAUAGAGAAGGAAUCACCACAGAUGCAUUUCUUCCCCUAACUGAUUAAUAUUCCUGUUGAAUAUACUAUCCUCGGUAUCUUACCAAAAAAUGAGAUGCAUUCUCCAGAAACUCAUUGGAGUUCUUGUCUGGGAGAGUGAGACCUCCUCAUCCUCAAGAUCAAAUAGUUACCAUGAAUAUAAAAUGGGAGGAUCAGCAUAGCUUCUGUCAGUCAGCUACCAAGGAUUGAAACUUGUAUUAGUUUCCUGACUGCAGGAGGGCAGCCCCGCUUCCCUUCUGGGUCCUAAGGUCCUGAGAAUAUCAGGGACUUGGGUCUGUGCUGAUUGCCACUGUUUGCAAUAUGUAGAAAAUUGUGUUUUGAUCAGUCUAGACAAAAAAAAUACAUUUUUACAAAUGAUAAAAUUAUAAACAUUAUUAGAGCUGUGCUUUAUCACCUAAGAGACCAAAAACAACAAGGCAAAAGCAAGGGGUCUUCUGGAAUAUUUUGCUUUGAUGUUCCCUGUUCUGAAUACAUUCCAGAAAGCAA